AUCUUGUUUUCUCAAGGCGAUGAAUGCUGUCCCUUUUAAAAAUGGCUGCCUCCUUGACUUGUCAUUAUUUAAGAAAUGUUCAUCGCACUAUUGCGGUUCUCCGUUGUAAUGCUCUUACAUCAAGUUACUGUCGACAAUAUACCACUAGCUGUAAAGGAGUCCAGUAUUACAGGAAACCGAGAAUAGCUGUUGCCCCAGAUGGCAAUUCAAUUAUAUGCUGGCACCCAGAACCUGAAUUUCCAUAUGAAUAUUCACAGCCUAUGCCAAGGGAGGAAGGGGAGGCAGCUCAGGGGGAGACACCACUCAAAGUUAAUUUUCUGGUAGAGGAGAAAUUAAAAAUGAGACCUGAUGGCCCAACAGACAACGAGUUGAGCAAUAUGUUCUUCACAACCAAACAUACGUGGAGACCAAGGCCACGUGAGGACAAAUUGAAGCCCAAGAAUAUUCCAGUGGAUAGAGAUGGUCUGUGAAUGUUUUGUUCAUUGGCAUUAAGGAUGCAUCAGACCAUCUCGUGUAGAUAAAAUAAACUCACAGUCUGACAAAAUAAGUUGAUAAUUGUAUGUGGCAUGAGGAGAGUGGUCAAGAAAAGGUUAACUGAUGGCUGCAAUGGACUUGAGCUAAAUACCAGACAUCACUGAGUUCUUUCUUCAAAAAUGGGUCUUUGUCCUCAACUAAGUGUUUGUAACUAUUAUACCGUAAAUUUUUAAGUGUAAGUUGCAACUUUUUAGCCAGCUUUAAACUCUGUGGCUUAACAUCGAUGUGACAAGUUAAAAACUGUACUAAAGUUACAAGAGAAUGAUGAAGUUUAUAUAUGACUAUUUGGAUUCAAAAUUAUCGUGAACAGCAAACAUACUAAUGUAAAAGAAUUGGUUGCUGGGGUUUUUUGUUUUUGUUUUGUUUUUUUAUUUUUUGACAUGUUAGCAAAGGCCAAAGCAAGAGACAAUAAAAUACAAAAGAGGU